AUGCGAGGGCCGACACUCUGGCGGAGCAGAUCGCUACAGCCUCUCAGGCCGUAUGUUUGUGGUGACUGUAUUUCGAGAUCGGGGCUGCGUCGUUCCUCGCAGAAUGCCGUGGCAGGGAGCAACGACGCUUUAAAGUCAUGGGACGAACAGGCUCAGAAGACACGCGCCGGCGACAGAAAGAGCUUGUUGACGGUAUUGGAAGAGCGUGGUUAUGUCAAGGAUCUGGCAGGCGACCGCAAUGCCCUCGACAAACUGCUCACCGACAAGCGCAUCGGCGCCUACUCUGGCAUAGACCCUACCGCUCCCUCACUGCAUCUUGGUCACCUCCUCCCCAUGAUGGUCCUGUUCUGGAUGUACAUACAUGGCCACAAGGCCGUCUCCAUCAUCGGAGGUGCCACUGCAAAGAUUGGCGAUCCUACCGGCCGCUUGAUCAGCAGACAAGAGAUGGACAGAAACACAAGAUCCUCGAAUCUUGUCUCGUUGCACAAUUGCGUGAGGGGCAUGUGGAAGAGUGUCGAGAGAUAUGCUGAGAGACAUGGCUACCCGAAAGACAAGGCCUGGAGCAAGAGUAUACAGAACAAUUCCGUCUGGUUGGGCAAGCUGAAUAUCAUCGAUUUCUUGUCUGAUGCUGGUACCGUCGCUAGAAUGGGCGCUAUGCUUGGUAGAGAUACUGUCAAGAACAAGAUGGCUCAAGGUGAUGGCAUGUCUUAUGCCGAGUUUACCUAUCCUCUUCUACAGGCCUAUGACUGGUGGCAUUUGUAUCAAUCAGGUGUUCAAGUCCAGAUCGGUGGCUCUGAUCAGUACGGAAACAUUGUCGCUGGCAUUGAUCUCAUCAAACAUUUGACUCCUAGACCGUCGACUUCACCCGAGACCAAGCAGUUGUCUGGUCCAUUCGGUCUGACUGUCCCCCUUUUGACCACUGCUGCCGGUGCCAAGUUUGGCAAGAGUGCCGGAAAUGCAAUCUGGCUCGACAAGACCAUGACCAGUCCUUUUGAGCUGUAUGGUUUCCUUGUACGAUCUGCUGAUGCUGACGUCGAGCGCUACCUGAAACUCUUCACCUUCCUUCCUCUGGAGCAUAUCGCUGCUGUCAUGACUGAGCACGAAGCCGAUCCCAGCCAGCGCAAAGCUCAGCAUCUCCUAGCACGCGAAGUCGUCGAUCUAGUCCAUGGUACCGAAGAGGCUCAGAAUACCCAGAACCAACACACUUUCUCGCGCCGACCAAACUUGCAGUCCUUGCAAGCCGAAGCCGAGAACAGCAAGGAUAGUCUCAACCGUCUCUAUCUCCCCCAAAGUCUAGUCCAAGGCAAGCAACCAGCACGCAUUCUGUAUCAUGCUGGCCUAGCCAAGAGCAAUAGCGAUGGUACCCGCAUGGUCAACUCUGGAGGUGCCUACAUUGGAAGUCAAACCAGCGAACAAGAGGCAGCAACUGAGGGCGAGCUCAAGUUCCGAUCAUUGAAAGGUGUCACGUCUUCCGUCAUUACAGAGAUGAUGGAGAAGAGCAACGUGUUAGUCCUCAGAACGGGCAAAUGGAACGUCAAGCUCGUCGAAGUCAUCAGUGAUGCUGAGUUCGAGCAGAAGGGCCUCAGCGCGCCUGGUUGGGAAGAGUUCAAGGAAGCAAGAGAUGCGUCGUCGUCCUAG